AUCCGGAGGCGCCGGCCAACUCCUGCCACCCUGGUUCUGAGCAGCGACCAGUCGUCCCCAGAAAUCGACGAGGACCGUCUCCCCAACCCACUGCUGAAGUCGGGGCUGUCCAUGUCCCCCAGGCAGCGGAAGAAGGUCCCCCGCACGACGCCCACCAUGAAAGAACUGCAGAUGAUGGUGGAGCACCACCUGUGCAAGCAGGAGCGGGAGGAGGAGGAUGCCAGCGUGGGGAGCCAGGACCCACACAGCCCCGGGUGCUGCCACCACUGCAACACAGACCCCAGUCACAGCCCUGGGGGGACCUGCCCCCAUGUCCGGGCCAAGACCAGGCUGGAGUCUCCGGAGGGCAACCACGCUGAGCCAGACGGGCAGGACGAAUCGACAGGGGCUUGUGCAAGAAGCGAAGGCGAUGGAAGGCCAGGACGGUGCUCGGAGCAGCAGCACGUACACAGACGGCCAACGGAUUCCUCAGGCAAGCCGGCUCCUGCCAGUGACUAGGUGGCGUGCCAUCCAGGUGUGAGUGGUGUUUCGAGGACAGAGGCAGGGCGACGCAGCAGGGAGGAAGGAAGAAGGAAGAUCACUGAGUUUGGAGGGGGCACUUGAUGAUUGUUUUCUAAGAUUUCAAUGGCUGUUUGGGUGUUUGUGAUUUUGGGUUUUUUUAUUGAUGUAGAGCAGGUGCCCUGGGGUGGGAAGGAGAGGCUGCAAUCUGGCCCCAGGGCCCCACCAGCCCUUCCUGGCUCAUGGCAGAUGGAGCAGCCUGGCACACAUGGGGCCUUUCACAGCAAGCACAAUGAUCCUGGGCAGGAUUGGCAGGGCCGGGCACGGAUUUGUAGUUCCAUGCAGUGUCCAGAGAGCUCCUCCUUGCACUGCCCAGCACAGCACAGCACAGCACAGCACAGAGCCUCACACUCUGCAUGAGGCCACAGGGGGAAUGAGGCAAUGGCUGAGCCUUCUGUCAGGCUGCCCCCGGCCUCCCUCCCCAACCUGACACACCCUGUCAAGCAUGUCCCAGUCCUGGGAUAAAGACACCUUUGUGCUGGUGUGGACGAGCCCUGAGGAGCCCAGGGACACCCCUUUCUCCCCAGCCACACAGGAACCCCCUGCAGCAAAACCUCCGCACUUCCUCCUCUCCCUGGGUGCGCACAGGGCCUUUCGCCCUACCGGGCUCCUGCCGCCCUCAGCCAGGUCUCAGGACCGGUGGGGCCAAGCUGGGCCGGGCUCGGCUGACCCCAGGGCAAGCCUGGGAGGUGAGCAUACAUUGCCCCUGUGCGGCGGUGCAGGAGGCUGAGCCCUGCCCGGCGUGUCUGUCGUCACCUGCACUCAGCCCUCUGCAAAUCACUGCCGCUUUGUCCGUCCAGAGCACCGAGCCUGUCAUGUCAAUCAAUAAACUGAUCUUCUCCUGUU